AUGACCCAGUUGUUUGCUUCGUCUGCCUCCAAAAACAGCACCAACAGCAACUCAACCACGCCGUCAGUACCAGUUAGACUCUUGACCCUCAACUGCUGGGGCCUCAAGUAUAUUUCCAAGUUCCGUCGCCAGCGCCUCAGAGCUAUAGCCAAUAAGCUCGCUUAUCCUGCCACUAAGGAUGACGAAUACGACAUUGUAGCACUCCAGGAAGUCUGGUGCGAAGACGACUGGAAAUAUCUCGAUGGGACUUGCAAGAAAGUGUACCCAUAUCGCCGAGUAUUCAAGUCCGGGAUUGUUACCGGCCCUGGCUUGGUGCUCUUGUCUAAGAUUCCUAUAGACGAGUCGUUCUUGUAUAGAUUCCCGAUUAACGGCCGAGCCCUGGCGUUUUUCAGGGGAGACUGGCUCGUAGGCAAAAGUAUAGCCAUCACUCUUCUCAAACCGCACCAACCGGGAGCAAUGCCGAUAGCCCUUUUGAACUCACACAUGCAUGCUCCCUAUGCUCAGUCUGGCGAAAACAGCUACUCUACCCACAGAGCCUGUCAAGCGUGGGACUUCGCUAAGCUUGUAAAGAUGUUGCGAAGAUCUGGUUAUGCUGUAAUCCAAGUCGGUGACCUCAACUCCAAACCCGGUUCGUUGCCGUACAAGUUGUUCACCGUAGAAGGCGGUUUGUCUGACUCGUGGGAUCUUUGCUACGAUAAAGAGUCGCAACUUACCAUCGAGGACCUCGCAGCAAUGCAGCCCCUAGAACAGAUUCACAAGGCUGGAACUACCGUAAACAACCAGCUUAACACCUGGAGAGCCCAUAGUGACAUCAGAGACGCCUGUAGGCUCGACUACGCUCUCAUCGAUGCUCAUAACAUCAAGCCAAUAUCGGCUGCUGUAAAGUUUACGGAAAAACUCCCUCCUCCGUAUAACUGUUCGUUUUCUGACCACUUCGGGUAUACGGCUGAGCUACAGAUUAGAAGCGACGGCGAAGAGUUGGACUCAGUCCGUACGAUUACCAGUGUUGACAGGCUUGAGUUGUACGAAGAGCUACUUGACGAAAUUUCUGAAUACAGAAAACACAAUGUCAGCUGGCAAGCUACGUGGAGAAAGUAUCAUUUCUUUCUCUCUAUCUUAGUUGUAGUGUUGCUCCAUAUAGGAAUUACUUUUGUCUCGCAAGAACAAGCCUGGUUAUCGGUAGUGUUUAUGAUGUUGAACUCCAUCAUAGGCAUCACCGGCGUAGUCAACGGCUUGAUCUGGUACUGUGGCAUUCGCUCCGAACUGCGGGCACUCCAGGAAGUACAAUUGGAGGUAGAAGACGCCUAUGUUUCGAUGAAACUCGACUAG